AUGUCAGGAAAAAAUACAAAAUCGCGUAAUACGAUCCAGACGCAGCUGAGGCCUGGUUUACAGACCGCAGCCCCGCCUUCAGGUGAGCCGCCAGGUUCCACCGAAGCGCAGGCUAGCCCUGACGCCGCUGCCCUUAAAUUGGAGCUAAUGACAUCGCUGAAAGAAGACAUCGCCGAGAUAAUAAAAAAGCAGUUGCAGGAGACGCUCGGGGAUUCUUUGUCGACUAUCCAGCUUGAUCUACAAACCGUGAAAACACAGCUCGCGAAUAAUAAAGCAGCUACUGAUGCUACAUUAGCCGAGCUCAAGUGCACCGUGGGAGAAGUGGAAAACGCUGAAUGUUCCGAUGACAUUGCUGUGAUGAAAGCAACAAUCAGUAGCCUGACUGUUAACGUUGCCAAGCUCGAAAAUAAAUGCGAGGAUUUAGAAUCCAGAUCACGGCGUAACAACAUUAGGAUAGUGGGGGUUCCCGAGGGCCCUGAGCUCCGUCAGAUUCCACUCAGAGGUAUGACGCUCUCCGUGUUCCCGGAUUACACUGCCAAGGUGGCCCGGGCCCGGGCUGCCUUCAACGAGGUCAGGAAACUACUCCGCGGCAUAGAGGGUGCUCGUUACGGACUAAUCCAUCCAGCACGUCUCCGCAUUACUUUCAAGGGUGUUGAGAAGGACUUCAUCUCAGCGGAUAAAGCCAAAGAAUACGUCCAAACCUUAAUUUCUGGGUGA